CUUACCUCCCUCUCUCCCCCUAAAACCAUCAAUAAAUUCUCCUCAACUCUCUCUCUCAAAACCACACCUUCUAACUAUAGAAAUGUGCCCGGCGUCUGCCAAACCGGGUCAAGACCCAUUUAAAGCGCUCAAAUUAAUACCGAAAGAGAAGACCGGUGACGCUCUAACGACGUCGUUAAAGGCUGCGGUGGCCGUAAUCUCAAUUCUCUCCAUCUCCCUCGCGGCAUACUCCGCCAUCCACGACCCGACCCAACCCUUAUUGUUGGCCCGACCCGACCCAGAUCUCUUCGGCUCCGACGACGCCCCCACCAACGUCUCCCACCUCGCCUUCGGCAUCGGCGGGUCGACCGCCACCUGGUCGAGCCGGGCGCGCUACUCGGAUCUCUGGUGGAAACCCGGCUCGACCCGCGGCUACGUCUUCCUCGAGAAGGACCCGGUCGGGUCGGUUGGGUUAAUCGGGUCGAUUAUAGAUCACCGGGUCUCGUCGGAGUGGCGGCGCUUCCGGCGGACGAAGGGGCUGGAGUCGGCGGUGAGGAUAGCCCGGGUCGUGGCGGAUCUUUACCGGGUCCGGUUGCCGGGGGUGAGGUGGUUCGUGAUGGGGGAUGACGACACGGUGUUUUUUCCGGAGAAUCUGGCGGCGGUGCUGGGGAGGCACGAUCACCGGCGGAUGGUGUACGUCGGCGGGAACUCGGAGAGUGUGGAGCAGGACGUGGAGCAUGCCUACGACAUGGCGUUCGGCGGCGGGGGAUUCGCCGUGAGCUAUCCGCUAGCGGCGGAGCUCGCCGCGUCUAUGGACGGGUGCCUCGACCGGUACCAUUACUUUUACGGGUCGGAUCAGCGGGUUUGGGCGUGCGUAGGGGAACUCGGUGUCGGGCUAACCCGCGAACCCGGAUUUCAUCAGAUCGACAUAAGAGGGGAUCCUUUCGGGUUCCUAGCAGCACAUCCGCUGGCUCCUCUCGUCUCCCUCCACCAUCUCAACUCCAUCCAGCCGUUGCUCCCGAACCACACCCAGCUCGAGUCUGUGACCGCCCUGAUGAAAGCCUACGAGGCCGAUCCACCCAGAACUCUCCAGCAAUGCUUCUGCUACCACCGCAACCACAAUUGGUCAGUCUCAGUCUCAUGGGGCUACGCGGUGCAGAUAUUCCCAGCUUUGUUGACAGCCAAGGAGCUCGAGACGCCUCAGCAGACAUUCAAGACAUGGAGGACUUUCAGCAACGGGCCCUUCACCUUCAACACGCGGCCUGUGAGCAGCGAUCCCUGCAAACGGCCCGCUGUCUUCUUUCUCAGCUCUGCUGAGGAGGAGGGAAGUGAGAGGACCGUCACGGCUUACAGAAAGGCCGGGGAUCGGGUGAUGAGUAAUGGAUGUAACAAGGACUUCACCCAUGCGAUGGCAAUCGAGAAUGUCACAGUCUUGGCGCCCAAAAUGGAGCAGCAAGAGUGGGAUCAGAGCCCAAGGAGACAUUGUUGUGACAUAGAUGGAAAUUUAAGACAUCGAACGAUGAGAAUUAGGAUUCGAAGGUGUGGAAAUUCGGAGACUAUAACAAUUUGAGGUUAGCUUAGCUUCCGAAAUAUAUUACAUGCACACCUAGAUCUAUAGAUAAUUGGAACUUGGAAGACUAUAUUGGGUCACAGACCAUUUGAGGUUCUAACAUAUAGAACUAACAAUCUUAUUGUAAAGUGUAAACUAAACUACACACCCAUAUUGGGGUUUAUUUUUUAUGCUAAUACAGUUCAAUGCGAUUUA